AUGUCGGUUGAUUUUCAGACUCUUAUUUCACCAUGCGACUCAAAUACUACCAUGACAAGUUUCACAGAUUCACCGUUUGAACCAACAGAUGUUGAACAGCUCUUGCAAACCAGAACUAAUUGGUUAGUGGAAAAUCCUCAGAGAUUUGAUCAGAAUGACCGUGAAAGUAUAAACACCGUCGCAACCUCUGCUCCAUCUUCCUUGAUGGCCACAGAAACACGAUCUUCACGUUCAUCAUCAAGGACAGAAAGUGAAGCAGCUGGAAUCGAAUCUAUAGAUAUGAUAAGAAUCUUAUACAAUGAAACAUCAAUACUGAUACCCCUUGAAGAUGUUUCUAAAUGGGCUCUUGAGUUAGGAUAUCCUGGUUAUCCGUUGACCAUUACUCAUGUGUUGUGUUACUUGAAAUUUGUUAAGAAUCUUCCCUAUGCCUUAAAUCAACUUCAACUUUUGCAUAUGGGUAAGUUGUACCGCUAUAAUGAUGUUAAUAUCCUGUUAGAGUCCAUAAAUUUGCGGUUCCCUAUGAAUUUAAGAUUGAAGGUAGAUUUACCUCCUAUUGCUAUUUCUCCACAAGCAUGUUUGCCUAAUGAUAAUCUUAAAAAACUGCUGUGGAUUGGGCGGAUUAAGACAAUAAUAAGGCUCUAA